AUGCAAGCGAGCGCACAGACCUCUGCAUCUCGAGUACUCAGUCUGAACAACCGCGCAUCUUCUUACUCUUUGACAGCAACAUCAAAUCAUUCACCUAUANNGACUCUCCUAUCCUCGGCCGCCAUGGACGGCAACGACAAGGGUGUCAUGCCCUUGAGUGGCUCGACCACUCUCUCCACACUCGAAGGCCUCGUAGAGGCAUAUGCUGCGUCGGACCGCUCGAGGUCUCCCGCAUUCAUCCACGCGGGAGACCUCGACCGCCAGUCGUACAUCGACGCCCGCCGCAAGCUNCCUCCCCUCUCCUCGCCUGGCCCAGCUCCCUCACUCCUNGCCCCUCCCACGCCCGCCCACCACCCGGUCUGGUACCGUGGCGAGGACGAGAGCGACGAGGCAGUCCCCACCCCUCCCACCAGGAUCCUUGACCGGGCGCCUCCACCCCCUGUCUCCCGCUUCCUGUCAGGCUUGGGCUCGGGUGUCUUCGACGCCCAAGAGUCAGACCACGACUCUGUCUCUGAGAUGGGACAGCAAGAAGACGCCCUCGAUUUGGGUAAGGCGAAGGCUUCACAGCCUUACGAAACGUCAUUCGGAAGGUACAAGCUCUUUCCCGAUUCAGAGUGGGCACCAAAAACAAAAGACCCGCAACACAGCACGACUCCUCCUCCUCCUCUACCUCCACCGAGCAUCCGCGCUCAACCGAGUGCCCCGUCACUAGCNCCCACCAUUCCCCUCGACAUUUCCGGCUACGAUGACGACCAAGACCUGAUCCUAGAGAGACAAGACAAGCCCACACCACGCCUGAUCGAAUCUGCCCGCACGCACAGCCUCGCCAACGACACCGUCUGGUUACAGAGAAGCAAACAAGGAAAGCGCAGAUCGUGGGCUCUCUUCGCCGUCUGUGCAAUCUUCCCAUUCAUCCUAUUUCUCUUCGCUUUCGGCACCUUCGACAAAGUCAUGGUGCAGAUGGCCGGUACACACGCUCGCCCCACACUCUAUCAGAAAUCGCUUGCAAAAUAUCUUUGCAUUGUUGAGGUCGUGGCUUGGCCCAGCCUGGCGGCUUAG